CACUCCGACCUGUGAAAGGCAGCAAUACGCAACACAGCGUAUUGCUGCCGGAAACUACCAAGAAGAAGUAAUGUAAAUGUUCUCUGCUUGAAGUAUAAUUCCUACCAUGCAAUGGGCACCGCAAUUUGGGUGAAACAUCGACUUUAUUUGCUUGAUAUUGAGGAUAUCUCGUUGAUAGCUCUACCCCAAAAUGGACCUGCUGCUGCAAAUGGACAAUUUCGAUAGCACCAUAGAGGAUUGGGCUACAUAUAUCGAGAGACUUGAGCAGUAUUGCUUUGCUAACGAUGUAGAAGCUGAAAGGAAAGUGGGGGUACUUCUGGGUGUAAUGGGAGCUAAAACAUAUAACUUGCUAUGUACCCUUACAGCACCGACAAAGCCAGAAGAGAAGACUUUCAAAGAGAUUGUAAACGCGUUACAGACCCAUCUAAAUCCAAAGCCGCUGGUCAUAGCCGAACGUUUCCGAUUUCACAAGCGGAAUCAGCAAAAGACAGAGUCAAUACCGGAGUACAUUGCGGAGCUCCGCCAGCUCUCGCAGUAUUGUCAGUUCGGACAGGGAUGGUCGGAUGCGCUCAGAGACAGGCUGGUAUUCGGGUUACACAACGAGAGCACACAGAAACGGCUCUUAUCAGAAAUAGAUCUGACAUUGGCGCGCGCAUUGGACAUAGCCAUAUCAAUGGAAACUGCCGAAAAAGAUACAGGAGAGUUACAGAGGAAAAAUACAGUGGAAUGCACAGUGAACAAGUUGAACACCCGAGGUAAAGAGAAAUCACAGGCAUGCUUUCGGUGUGGUAAAAAGUCACAUGACCCUGUCGAUUGCUGGUUUAAAGACAAAGACUGUAGACAAUGUAACAAAAGAGGACACAUACAGAAAAUGUGCAAAUCGAAGCAGAGUGAUAAAAAGUCACCCAAAACAGGAAAGAGAGAAGGAGAAGUGCAUCAGGUUACUGAAACUGAUUCAAAUGACUCUGAUGAAGAAGACAUGUCAUGUCUUGAACUUUUCUCUCUUAAAGAGACAGAUCGCAAAAUAAUCUGUGUGACACCUGAGGUAGAGGGGGUGGCACUAAAGGACACAAUGUUUGACAGCAAGGACAUCAGUUCACAUACAGAUAGACAAUUGCGUCAGAGAACGUUGGAGAAAGGGAAGGAAAUGGCCACAAUCUCUGAUGAUGGUGAUGAUGGUUAUGAUGGUAUUGAUGAUGAUGAUUAUGAUUAUAAUGAUGAUAAUGGUGACGACGAUUAUGAUGAUAAUAAUGGUAAUGAUCAUUAUGAUGCUGGUGACAGUAGUGAUAAAGAUGGUGAUGAUGAUGAUGCCUGUGACAACAGUUCUAAAACCAGAGACAAGCCCUACCACUGCUUAGACUGUGGUAAGAGUUUUACCCGAGUCUAUCAUUUAAAAAGACACAAGCAAACACAUAACAAAGAAAAAUUUCACCAAUGCUCUGAUUGUGGUAAAAGCUUCACUCGACCGGAACAUUUGAAAAAACACCAGCGAAGCCAUAUGACUGACAAAUCAUACCAUUGCACUAACUGUGAUGAGUGUUUCUCUAAAGCAGCACAACUAAGAAGUCACAUGAAAGUGCAUGCCGGGGAAAAGCCUCACCUCUGCACCGAUUGUGGGAAACUAUUCCAGUCGUUACACGCGUUUGAAAGACACCAACAGAAACAUGCUGGAAAGAUGCUUCACCAAUGCUCAGACUGUGGUAAAGGUUUUACCAGAGCCUAUCACUUGAGAAGACACCAGAAUACACAUAAAGAGAAGUCUAAUUACUGCUCUGAUUGUGGUAAGAGCUUCACUCGUCCGGAAAAUCUAAAACGACACCAGCGGAAACACAAGGAAAAGACACGUUACCACUGCUCUAUGUGUGAGGAGAAGUUCUCUACACAGGCAAUGUUAAAUAGUCACCUGCAGGUACAUGUUGGAGAGCUACCUCACCAUUGCUCUGACUGUGGAAAGGCGUUCUCAGACAAAAGACAAUUUGAGAUCCACCAGAAAAGACAUCAGCGAAAAACUGUAAAAAAGAGGUCUUACCUUUGCAGUGACUGUGGAAUGACUUUCAACAAGCCAAGCACAUUUAAGGUGCACCAGAGAUCUCACACAGGAGAAAAACCAUACAGCUGCUCAGAGUGUGGGAAGAGUUUUGUCCAGUCCACCACACUCCGGAUCCACCUCCAGUGGCACGCUGGGGAGAGGGCCAGCUACUCCUGCCCUGUCUGUGGGAAGACUUUCUCUCGAGCUGACAGUGUGAGGAGACACCAGAUGGUUCACACAGGAGAGAGACCUCAUGAGUGCCACUGCUGUGGGAAACGCUGCUUCCGACGGAGUGCUCUGAUCAUACAUAUGAGGAGUCACACUGGAGAGAAACCAUAUGUUUGUUCUGAGUGCGGGAAGAGGUUCUCCCAAGACGGUGACCAGAAACGACACCAAAUAAGACACCACCCUGACCUCUGACCUGAAGAGGACAGCAGGCACAGGCAGGCUUCAGUACAGGCAGACAGGCACCCAAAUCCACCCUCAGCCCCUACCCUACUAGCUCAUACCCCUUAGCCCCUAUACCAGGGGGUCGCAAAGUCAUUCCUGGGGGGUCUAGUGGUUUUUACUAUUUCCCAUAUUAUGGCUAAAAUCUGCUAGCUAGCUAACCAAGAAUUGUAAUGAUGUAUUUGAGAGACAAGUGCUCAUUGUACAAAUGUAUUUGUUUUCAAUCAACAUUGGAGAUGAAAUAUAGCUUACAUGUUGUCAACAAUCUAAGCAAACUCCAUUUGUUUUGCCCCAUAGUUGCGCACGCAUCUGUUUUGUUGCUAAACAACCAACCCCUCUAUGCAGAUGUUGAAGCACCGUUGCUUGGAAAAACUCCCUAGAAAGGCAGGAACCUAGGAAGAAACCUACAGAGGAACCACAUUCAUAAUUGUUUUUGUAACUAUAUUUCUAUCCAUUCAUCAUUGUGUACAGUAUUCAUGGUGCAUUCAAUAGAUGGAAAACAACAAAAAAUGAUUUAGCAAAGCAGGAUACUAGCUACAACUAUAGUUAUUUAUCCCAGUAGCCUACAUUAUGCACAGAAACCACGUGAUAGGCUUCUGAUCACCGAAAAGGUCACUAGUUAGCCACAAAGUAAGGUCUGCCUACUUGACCAAUCAGAUGAAUGUUGAACGUGUAUGCUGGCUUACAGUUUGCAGGCAACGACCAAUCAGAUGAGGGAGUGUGAUGACCGUAUGCCGACCGGCAUGCAGGGGCAGACGAGAGACAUGCAUUUGUUUUGUCUAGUGAUCCAUCAAUGAUUUGGUUAUUUAUUAUCCAUAAUAAAAACCAACAUUUCUAAAUGCAAAUCGGAAGUCUUAUUCAAACUCCGCUUGCAGGCUUUAUCAUGAUGUUUGCCCUUACUCAUAGUUACUUGUCUUAACCCUACAUAUGAGGACACCAAGGUCCGGACCUCAAAUUAAAAAAAAAAAAUUAAAAAAAACAGUAGCGGCACAGUUAUAAUGCAAAUAAACUACAAUAUAAACUGCAUGCUACAGUCCUACUGCAGUAUAACUAGUUGAACUUAAUAUGCACUUCAAUUGAACUGGACACUGAGUUGAUUGAAGACAGCAGUUCAUUUGAUAUUUUUUACAUUUUGUUACUAAGUAUGCGUGUCAAAUUACGGUUGAGUUAGAAUAGUAGAAUUACAAAAGGGGCAGUUUCAAAACUUAGUUGUGCAUCAGAAAUGUUCCUCUUGUUAUAUGUCACUCAUUGAAAGUCACUCAAUUAUUCCAUGUCAGUAAAAAAAUUAAGAUUGGUAAUUUAGUCUAGUUAGUCUAGCCAGCUAUCUGAAUUGCCAACCGGACCCCGAGAGGGCCCUACUGAUUUUGUUUGUCACGCUCACCAGAUAUCAUAUUAACAUGGCAUAAGUAAUGGAAAAAUGUGUAGAAUUGCAGGAACUUAACUUUGAAACUGAAAAAAUGUCUCCCCACCCCUGUUGGAAGAAGAAAAAUUGAGGACUUAAAAAUGUAGAUCUAUCUAUCUAUAUAUAUAUCUCUAUUUACUCCAAUAUCUGUAUUGUUUUUAAAAUUGCAUGUAGACAAAAAUGUACACUUUGAUUUUAAUUUUUUUCCCCAAAAUCCACAAGUAAUCCUCAAGUAAAACGUACACAGUUAAAUUGGCUGAUUUAAGAUAAGCUUCAAUCCUGUUACAUUAUUUGGCACUUGGGCACUCACUAUGGUCAUUUAUUUAACAUCUUGAUAUGAGAAUUUUUUAAAAUUAAGUUUACCACUUUUUGAUAGAAUGUUAAAAUUAGUUGAAAUAAAAGUUGCCCUAUUCAAAAUGUACUCAAUUGGUAGAAUGUUCCACUCACUCUGUCCUACCAGUUUUUAGAUGUCCGGUGUGAAACAUUU